CGGAAAAAGAGGCAGCCCAAGACACAGCCGGCUGCUCGGUCACAACUACUCGGCCAUUUACGUAUACAGCCGACAGAUAAUUUCCCAUCUUUGUUUCUUGUUAUUUUUCUUGUUAUAGCUUCUCAAACGAUAUAUUUAUUGAAAAAUUCUUCUUCUUUGGUUUUUUUGUUUUCAUUUGUCUUUUUACCUUUACUCCUACUCAUCUUGAAUCUUAUCUCUUGUCGUUGCUGAUUAGUUGGGUAGAUAAAGUUAAUAAAGUUUUGAUAUUUAUUGUAUUUAGUGCACACCCACUAAAAUGUUUGGGCAUUUAUUGUGGGAUUGAUUUCAAGAACAUGAAAUUUUAUUGAUUUUGAAGCGCAUCUGAUAAAAUUUUCGAGGAAAGUAUUUGAUUAAGAUUACAUCGUUUAGAGGGACAAAUGGGUUGUUUUCCUUGUUUUGAUUCAAGGGAAGAGGAAAAGCUUAAUACCCAAGAAGAGAGAGAUGAUCUCAAGGAAGUCUAUCCAAGUAUUCCCUCCAAUAUAUCCAAAUUAUCAUCUGGUGCUGACAGGCUCAAAUCAAGGAGCAAUGUUGGGCCGAGGAAGGAACCAGUGGGUCCAAAGGAAGCAUCAGAUGUUCCGAUUGCUGCACAAACGUUUACUUUUCGUGAGCUUGCUGCUGCUACGAAUAAUUUUAGGCCAGAGUGUUUCUUAGGAGAAGGAGGAUUUGGGCGUGUAUUUAAAGGGCAGUUUCCAAAUGGUCAGCUCGUAGCAGUUAAGCAAUUGGAUAGGAAUGGGCUUCAGGGUAAUAGAGAAUUUUUGGUAGAGGUUCUUAUGCUUAGCCUUCUACACCAUCCAAACUUGGUGAGUUUGAUUGGUUACUGCGCUGAUGGGGAGCAGAGGCUUCUUGUUUAUGAAUACAUGCCAUUGGGCUCGUUAGAAGAUCACCUCCAUGAUCUUCCGCCUGAUAAAGAACCAUUAGAUUGGAACACAAGAAUGAAAAUAGCAGCUGGUGCAGCUAAAGUCAUCUUGUGUAACAUCAGCUAA